AUGGCUUUCGGGGAAUUUUAUUUAAUUUUGGCUCAAAUAAGGCACAAUGAGCAGACUUUAACAUUCACAAUCACUUCAAUAUAUUCACAAUUAGCUCCAUCUAUUAGAAGGUAUAAUUUCGAACCGGAAUUUAAUCGGGUUAGCGAUGCGAACUUAAAUAAUUGUUUUACUGCAUCAUUGAAAUGGGAGUUAUUUGAGACUUUAAGGCCCUGA